GUCUGAGCUACAUGCCAAUUUGUCCAAGCUUGAGCCAACAUACAUUUCCACUGAGUGGAGCAUUAUCCCAAGAUUGCCAUCUGCGACGAUGCAGAGUGGAGACAAGGAACCCCAGUCGGUGUUGGGAGCAAAUUCUGACGCUUCUUGCUGUGGAGGACUGUCUAAGAGCACACUACUAGCUGGAUGGGGUACCAGGGACCCAACUGCCACUGAACUCCUUGCGCAGCUGGCAGCUAAAUCCCAGGAGAUUUACUUAUUGGAAGAUCAGUGUGAUCAGCUGCGCCAGAAGGUCUCUUCACUUGAGGAGGAUCUCUGUGAAAUGGAGCAUCAAAGGGAUAUGAUUGCCACAGAGCAGGGGAGAGCAAAGCAAGAGGCAGAUCAGGCUGUGCAAAAUUUGAAAGAGGAGCUCACCAUUGCAUACCAGCAAGAGAUUGACUUGAUUCAAGAAGAAAUGGAGAAUGUGUACAAGAAGCAGAAGGAGGCAAUGGCUCUGGUAGAAUCUGAAAGGAAAAGACUAUUGGAGAAAGAGAAAGAGGACAAGGAUAUGGUUGUUACAGCAUUGAGGCAAGAACUUGAGGCAGCAAGGAAGGAGAUUUUAGAGCAUCAGGGAUUGCGAAAGUACAAAGAGACUCUCUUCAAGCUACAAAAGGCCCGGGUGCAGUUCACUGCAAUAGCAGGGACAGGCAGGGGCGUGAACUGGUGGUUUAAAGCGCAAAUCAAGGCGGACGAAGCAGCGAAGAUGGCCACUCUCAAGAGGCAGCUGGAAGACAUGAAGGAGCUUCGAUAUGAUCUGGCUAACCUCCAAGGCCAGAUAAACUCGUACAAGUCUCCCCUCACUAAACCAUCUUUGAAGCCUCGUGCCCCAUUGAACAAGACUCCGAAGCGGACACUGAACACUGUCGGCACUGGCCCUAGUGGUGUGAAGAAGCCGGCGAUCAAGAAAGGUGUUGGUAGACGGCCGAACGGCGUACGGAUCUCAGCAAGGAGACGGAUAUUGGAAGGAGGCAGCUGUCGGAGAGUAUGUUAAGUGCGCUGCAGAUGGACGACCUCAAGAAACUCUGCACGAAGUACAAUGUGCGGUAUAAAGGAGUUCCGCAAGCACGUGUCGC